CGGAGCGCGAGUCAGUCAGAAACACACAGGACCGCGAGCCCGAGGUGACUUUAGAUAUUGCGCUGUUUACUCAUGAUUAAAGAAAGAUAACACUCGCGUUCACCUAUGAGAUUCUUUGCAGUGGUUUUGGGAUAUACGUUUUUAUCCAGAAACUCCUUUUGUCCCGGAUUAUUUGGGGAUGGAUCCGGUUCAAGGUCUUUCUCGUGCACUGUGAUCGUUCAAUGCAGCACUCAGACCAUCAUCGGGCUUUAUGGACUUGACGGUUAAUGAUGUCUAUGAGUUUCAUGUCUGAUACGCUGAAUAGUUCUGAUCCUUCCAAAUCAGCAUUUUUAGAGUUCGGCCACGGGCUUGCAAGCAACCAGCAGCAUUUGUCGGGAUUCGCGCACAAUAUUUACCCGGUACACGGAUUGCACUCAGGCGGACACCUCCAGCACGAUGCUCCCUACCCUUCCAGCGCUCCUCAUUACAGCCGGCCGCUGGGAUACGCCUACCCCGGGCCGGUGAGCGCUGCUGCUCCGGGUGCUUACAUGCCUUACCAGCCAAACAACCACAGCGGUGCUCUGGCGCACACGAGGGCUGAGAACACGAACCACGAAAAGCCAGCGGUCAUUGAGAAUGGUGAGAUUCGCCUUAAUGGCAAGGGGAAGAAGAUCCGCAAACCGCGAACCAUUUACUCCAGUGUUCAGCUCCAGGCUCUGCACCAGCGCUUCCAGCAGACCCAGUACCUCGCGCUGCCCGAACGUGCAGAUCUGGCCGCCAAACUGGGACUGACGCAAACACAGGUGAAAAUUUGGUUUCAAAACAAGCGCUCCAAAUAUAAGAAGAUAAUGAAGCAUGGGUCGAGUGGACCUGAAGGAGAACUGCUUCACACAUCCUCCUCGUCGCCAUGUUCUCCAGGUUUGUCUCAGCUCUGGGAGGUUUCAAUGGCCAACAAAGUGCCACCGAUGCAUCCCAGCAGUUAUAUGAACAAUUACGGCCACUGGUAUCCUCCACACCACCAGGAUCCCGUGCCCAGACCUCAGAUGAUGUGAUUGAAUUCGGAAAAAAUCAGAGCCAGAGAGACUCCAUUCCGUGUCGACACCUGCCGUGAAGGUGCUUUCCUUUACAAUGUUCUUGACUUGUGUUUUUAUUGCUAAGUGUGUUUGAAAAGACUGUGUUUACUCUCUAUGCAAGCAGGUGCUCCCGAACUCCCAUAUUACACUUCAGUAGCUUUUCAACCUUUUCCAGAUCUUUUACAAUGUGCUUGAAAUAAAGGAUUUAUGAAA